ACGUCAACGCUACUGUCUGUCUGAAGGGAAGGAGUGAAGUCUGUGCCCUGGCAUGCUGUGCCUUGGUCGUCGGCGGGUCGAAACCCGAGAGCAGCCCUUGAGCAAGGGGAGCAGGCAGCGCAUAUUUUAUCCAUGCAGGAUCACGUACACAGCAGUCACUUUCAAACUUGAGACGCUCCUUCCAUCACAGUGACCGGAGCCCCCCUGGGCUCGGGAGGAUGAGGAGACAACGUUGAGACGCGGCAUUAUCUUUUGGUUGAAUACGAGGUUACAAAAGGCAUUUCGUUUUUGUUUUUGAGUCAUGCAUAUUUUAUUUAUAGCCGCCUUAUAAAUAGCUUCUCAAUUCAAGAUUUGCUUUCAUCGCGACCUCCUGCAAGGACUUCAAGAUGCUGAAAAUGGUUGUCUCUAGCGUCCUCUUCUGUUUUGCCCUGUGGACCGUGGCUGUGAUUGGGUCUGGACCCAGCUGCCCGGUGCUCUGCAUCUGCUCCGACAAAGAGGAACACCACCUGGCCCAGUGCACCUUCAAAGACCUCACCAGGACCCCAAUCGACCUGCCUCCCAACGUCACCAUCCUGAACCUCUCCAACAACCGACUCGGCGUCAUCGCGGCGGGUAGCUUCGACCGUGUGACCGCAGUGACGUCGCUGUGGAUCGCUCAGAACACGAUCGUUUCCAUCGAAGCGGGCAGCCUGGCUCCCUUGAUCCACCUGCACAACUUUGACGUCAGCCACAACCAACUGGUGGAUUUCCCUUGGGAGGACCUCCGGAAGCUGCCGGCCCUGCAGAUGCUGAAGAUGAACCACAACCGGUUGGUCACACUGCCGAGGGACGCCUUCGUCAACCUCAACGACCUGGAGUCCCUCCGUCUCAACAACAACCAGUUCAUCACCGUAGCCCAAGGGACGUUCGACGGCUUGACGUCCGUAUCCCACCUGCAGCUCUACAACAACCCCUUCACGUGUGACUGUUCCGUCGACUGGCUCCGAGACUGGAUCCUGACCCACACCGUCACGGUGCCCGAGCCGAGUCUCAUUGUUUGUGACAAUCCACAACAACUGAAAGGAGUGCUCCUGGUGCAAGCGCCUCGAUCUCAGUGCACGGGCCCCGACGUUAUCGUGACAGCUGAACCAAGUAUCGAUCAUACAGAUCUCUACGAGGACACCUCGCUGAUCUUAACCUGCGAGUUAAGAGGAAACCCAGAGCCUGCGAUCGUGUGGCGGAUACAAAGCAAGCGCCAAAGGGAAACGAUCCUUGUGACACCCGGAGACGACGACUCAGCAGAAUCCACAGGGGACUCCUCGAUUGCAGACAAACCGUUCAAGGUCUUCGGUAACGGAACCCUGGUGAUGUUCCACAUCAGCGCAAAAGACAGCGGAAACUACAGCUGUUCGGCCACUAACGCGUUCGGCACGGCCGAGGACACCGUGGCCAUAGAGGUCAGGACUCUACCGAAACCCACACCCACUGAGAAAGGGGUCCGAACCUACAUCCCCACCAAGACCCACCAAGUCGUGACGGUGACCUCCGUCUCCUCUGCCCCCUCCCCUCCUCCAGCCGGGGAGGGACCAGACACAACCAACGACACACCCACGCCUCCGUCCCCGCCGCCUGCACCUCCUCCGCCCGACCCGAACCCCGGGGCCGACAAGCAGACCUCCGCCCACGACAGCAAGUGCGGCCUGACGUCCAAGACGAGAUACGUCUCCAACCACGGCUUCAACGGCACCCUGGAGGACGUCAAGGAGUACACCUUUGACUUUGGCGUCAUCGCCCUGAGCGUCUCCGAGACCGAGGCCAGGGUGCGACUCAACCCCCUCCUGGUGGCCAGGGCGAGGAGCCGCACCGGGGAGGAGGGGCUGUACCUGUGCCUCUCCGCCGACCCGGAGAACCCGGCCAUGCAGUGGUCCGGGAUCGAGGCGGGCGUCAACACCUACGUGUUCGCCGACCUCCGCCCGGCCACCAACUACUCCCUGUGCUUCACCUACACGGGGCGGGACUGCGACGUGCAGGUGGUGUUCUCCACGCGGAGGCAGGCGGCCAACCUGCUGAUCAUCGUGUCCGUCUGCAUGGUGCUGCUGACGGUGUCCACCGUGCCCCUGUUGGUCGCUACGUGCUACCACCUGGUGCUCAAGUACCGCGGGAAGACCUACAAGCUGAUCCUGAAGGCCCGGGACCAGUACCAGGUGGAGACGAACCUGGGGGGCCAUUUCCACCUGCACGCCCCCUACCCCUCGGAGUCCCGCAGGAAAAUCAACGGCAGCGAGCUGGAGGAGGAGAUGGGGAAGCUGGGAGGACGACGAGGACGGGAGGAGGACGACGAGGACGAGGGGAGCCAGGUCACCGAGUCCUUCUCCAUGUCCAGAGCUCAUACCGGCGACUGCGAGGCCAGCUCCGAGUACAGCGACCGGCUGCCCCUCGGAGCCGAGGCCGUCAACAUCACGAGCGACUACAGAUAUCCCUCUCUCUGAUUGGCCGCUGUGGUGUAUGUGUCGCGGUGCCCGUGGUCGUGCUUUGACCCGCCCAUAGUGGUUUAUAUACUUCCUGAGGGAAAUCUCUAAUAUGCUCGUUAGCCGGUUGUAGAGGCAAUGCCGGACGUAUUAGCUCUUUAUAUCGUUAUCAGAAUCCAGCCGUAUUUAAAACACAGUGUGGUUGGAUGCUUUCGUUCCUGUAAUAACUGUGUAUGUUAGGUGAAGGUAGUUGUGUUUUCUCCUAGAGUUGGGGAGACCAAAUUUAAAUUCAGUCUCCCCAACUCAUACAACAUACAACAACUGAAAAUGUAUUAUAAUCAGCAUAUCGAAAUGCAUUCAGAAAUGUACACAUUACUUACAUUAGUUGGACAGCAUAUCUACUAACCCAAAGCAUAUAUCUUAACCCAAAGCAAAUCUCCUGCCUAGUUUUGCCAACACAGUAUCCCUGUAGAAGCUGUAGGCCAGUCGGCUAAUGCUAGCAAUAUCGACGUCCUGUGUUUUUGGGUAAACAAUGAGAUCACAUUCCAAAGGUGUUGGAGCCUUUCUAUGUCAGUCUUCCUUGUAUCGCCCCCCCCCCCCCCCCACUAACCUCCAACACCUGCCCCUGAGCUACUGGCAGGCCCACCUGGACCAAAACGUCUAACCACCUCUGCAGUAGAUCUGAGGAGCACUGAGGAGACCUGGUGUUCCUCCUCAGUGCGUCAGAUCCCACCAUCACUAACAGCGGUAACAAUUAUUAACAGUGUCGAUGCCGCCUGUGUUUUUCCCCGUGGUUUGAUCCUUGUGCUGACCGUCUCUCCCUCCUGUCAUCCAGAUAACCAGCCUUUACCGCCCUGCCUGCCUCCAUUGCCUUGUUGCCUUGUUGCCCCAGCCUGGUUCUCGAGCCUGAUUCCCCUUCUCCAUCUCCGGAUGGACCCCCACCCAGAAGAACCCCAACCUUUCCCCCCCCCGUUCCCCUGACCCUCAGCUGUCUCUGCUUGAACCACCGUCGGCAAUAAACUCUUUCUGAGUGUUUGCUGCGUUUGGGUCUGCCUGUUACCUCAUCGUAACAUUAUGAGUUUCGUACACUAACGAUCCACUAUAUUUGUUACCCAUAGACUCGUUACCCAUAUGUGCCUGAGUUAAUAAAGUUUUGACCAAUUUAAAGCGGGUAGGCAAUCUAUUUUCAAUCUGAUUCAUCUCCCUCCCCCAUUUUGUCUAAACUAGUGUAAAAAAACACACACACACACACACACAUUUUAUGCAUAAAUAUAUGUAUAUUGAUAUAUAUGUAUGUAUUAUUGUUUUUAUUAGAUAAUAUUUAUAACAUAAAUCCAGAUGACAAACAUGC